AUCUCAAGAUGUGGCCUUGAGCAUGUGAACAGCACCAACAGGGCAAUGCCUACUGAUCCUUCAAUGGGCAGUGGUUCUAAUAGUAAAAGCAGCAAGAAAUCUACGAAAGAAAAUAUCAACUUAUAUGCUAUUCUAGAAGUAGAUAAGAAAGCAACAGCUGAGGAAAUCAAAAAAUCCUAUCGUAAACUCGCAUUAAAAUAUCACCCGGAUAAAAACCCAAUAGAUCCUGAGGCUUCUGAAAAAUUCAAAGAAGUCAAUAGAGCACAUUCUAUACUAGCUAACGAACAGAAGAGGAAAUUGUAUGACCGGUAUGGAGCUCUGGGGAUUUAUGUAGCAGAGCACAUUGAUGAAGAAGACUGGCAGCCGUACCUGGCUUUACGCAACCCUUGUAUACAGUGCCUUGCUUGUACCUGUUUCUUGUGGACAUGUUGUUGUUGCUUCUUCUGUUGUUGUUGCUGUUGUGGUAAAUAUUAUCCAAAAACUCCCCCUGUUCCCGAUGAAAUGAAUGAAGCUUAUGACGAGUCAAAUUUUGAAAUGCCUAUGAACAAUGAUAGUAAUAUUGCAGAAACUCUUGUGACUAAACAACCAUAUCCAGCUCCAGCUGUCAAUCUGUACACAGUGCCACCAACUACAUCGUCAUCUUCAUGAUUUACUAAGAUUGCAAAAUAAUUGUUAAUAACAAUAGUAAAGUCUAACCUUCCAUAUUUCCUAGAACAAAACCUAGAAUAAAAUUUCCAACUUGUCUUUCUUCAAGGAGGAAGUGUCUUGCACUACAUGUCUUUCUUUAUGUAGCCUUUCUCGUCCUUAAUUUUGUUUAUUUUUUUGUAAUCUCUAUUCUGAUUUUUUUUUAAACUCCCCACCACCACUAAAAAUAGAAAUAUUUUGCUGCCUUUUAACUAAAGGUGGCUUUGGGUAUAUAUAUAAUGUUUCUUAUUUCUUGACAAAGUUUAUUUCUACUGAAAUAUUAUGUAAUGGAUUUAAUCUGAAACGAUUUUGUGACAUAAUUGUAUUCGUCCAAUAUACACACACAUAAUUGUUGACAACGGUUAAUUUGUAUAAAACAUAUUUAUAUCUGGAAAUCACUUGUUGUUUUUUCCUCUUCUAACUUUUCCCCACCCCACCUAAUCAUGAUGAUGAUGAUGGAAUUACAGGUUAUUGCUUGUUAUUAGAAAAUUUCUUCAUCUUUCUGCUUCGUAUAUGAAAUGAAACUUCUUCUUUUUUUUCCUCAGAAACCAAUCUGUUCAUUAAGGAAUGUAAUUUCCAUUUUGUUUUUUAUUCAACAAAUUUAGGUAAUUUAAGUAUUCUAUUUUGUUUUUCAUAUUUUUCUGUGUGAUUCAAAUGAACUAUGAUUGUUUUCAUGAAAAAAGAAGAGAAACAUUUUUCAUUGCUUUC